AUGUUAGGCUUAAGAGUGCUACUUGCGUUUAAUAUAAUUUUAUUCGGAAUUUUCCGUGGAGAGUGUGCUGUCGUAAAUAAAGAUAAUAAAGUUUAUUUAACAGAAGAAGGUGUAAAAAAUUCCCUAAUUGAAGCUCAGUCGAUUGGAAGAAUUGUCAACCGCAUAAAGGACAAGGAAAUUAAUCAAAACCCCUUACCAGCAGCUAGUUAUGUUGGUGAUAUUACGCGUACAUCCCACACAGAUCAUGAAUACCCCUGCCCACAUGCAUCAUCUGAUAUACCUCAAAUGAAUGCUGCAGAAGAACCAAAAAUCAAUGGAAACCCAUCAGUUACGCGAACCGAGUUCGGAUCCCAAAUAAAAACUCAGUCAACAUAUUCCACUGAUUUUCAAUUGCAAAUACAGAACCCACGACCAGUGCAGCACAUUCAUUACCAUUAUCUGGUGCCCAAUACCACUCCAAAGCCGAUAAUAAAUUAUGUAUCUCAAAGUGAAUCCAACGGCUACAAUGUAAAUUCAGAAAAUAAACAUUAUUCGUCCGUUGACUCGCAGCCCUCACAUAUCAAUGGAAAUAAUCUACAGUACGGGAAUCGAGAAGUAACGCAAAAUAACCCUUUAUAUUCAGCUGUGGACAAUAGUGGAUAUCUUUACGAUUCCCCGGACGAGCACCAAGGUCAGGCAUCUGAAAAUACAUCGGUGUACGAAUUAAGAGAUCCUGGAACUCUUGGGCAAGAGGCUAUAUUGAAAACAAAUACGGAAGUACCAAUCCAAACCCAGCAAAUGGAAACAGUCAGCCCAAGUCCAAAUCCACCGGAAGUGUACUUCAUAAAAUAUUAUGGCAAUGAAAGUAAUAAAACUACCACAUCACCUGAAUCACAGACCUCAAGUGAUUCCUCGAAUGAGGUUUCAGACGGAAGUGGUUUAAUAGACAUUAGAACAGGUGUAAUUGAUGAAGUUCUGGACAGUCAAAAAAAGCCAUAUAAUGAACACUCUGCCUACAACGUUCCAUUAAAUUAA